AUGGCCCAAAAAGCAAAGAAGGACCGCGCCAAGUCCAACACGGCAGCUCUCAACAACCUCCACAUUGGCUCUGCCACCGUCAACGUUGCUUUCCUCGCUUUCCACUUCCUCUUCCGCUCCCGCUCGCUCUUCUGGUACUUCCUCCUCUCGGCGCCCGCCUUCAUCUGCCAGUUCGUCCUCGAGCGCUCCGGACGCCCCACGUACGACGCCAGCGGCGCCCUGCGCACCGCUGGUGAAGAUCUCGCCUCUGCCGGUCUGACCGAGUACAUGUUCGACGUCGUCUGGGUCACGUGGGCCUCCGUCGUGGCCGUCAUCCUCUUCGGCAACGGCGGCUGGCUCCUCUGGCUCGCCGUCCCUGCGUACGGCGCCUAUGCCGGCUACGGCCUCAUGGGCGCCGCCAACAACGCCGAGGGGGCCGAGGCCGCGCCUGCCGGCAACAGGCGGCAGCGACGUGCUGCUUAA